UGGUACGGUACAUUAGCGUGUGUUGUAUCAAGUUUUUAGACCGACAAGUCACACCUUUUUUUCGGACUGUAAAGUUCAAUCAGAAGACCAAUUGUUUUCAUCUUGCUGAUCGCAAUUUAUUUUGGGGCCGAUCAAUUCCUCAGUAGAUUGUCCUCUUCCUCAGUUGGCUGUAAGAAGAUCCUUCAUCUCCUCUUGAUUUGGUGACCUGUCCUAUCAUGGCUGAAAAGCUAGCGUCCUUCGGUAAGAUGCUGCUCCGGCGACGGGCGCUGGACUGUAACCAGGAAGAGAGCCACUUCGCCCGCUGCCUGACCACGCUGGACCUUAUUGCCCUGGGGGUGGGUGCCACUCUGGGGGCCGGCGUCUAUGUGCUGGCUGGAGAGGUGGCCAGGGAGAAGGCCGGCCCAGCCAUCGUGCUCUGCUUCCUCAUCGCAGCGCUCUCCUCUGUCCUUGCUGGUCUGUGUUAUGCUGAGUUUGGUGCUCGUGUGCCCAAGACUGGUUCAGCCUACAUGUACAGCUAUGUGACUGUGGGGGAAAUCUGGGCCUUCAUCACUGGCUGGAACCUCAUCCUCUCCUAUGUCAUAGGCACAGCCAGUGUUGCUCGGGCCUGGAGCUCCACCUUUGACAACCUGGUUGAACAGAAGAUCUCAGACUUCUUCAGAGCCUCCAUGUCCAUCAAGGUCCCUGGGAAGAUUCUUGCUGAAUACCCAGACCUCUUCGCCUUCAUCCUGAUCUUGCUGCUCACUGGCCUGCUGGCGUUUGGCGUUAGCGAGUCGGCCCUGGUGAACAAGAUCUUCACGGGGGUCAACCUGGUGGUGCUGGGCUUCGUCAUCAUCUCAGGCCUGGUGAAGGGAGACCGUACCAACUGGAACCUCACUGUGGAGGACUUUGUCAACACAACCAACAUCACUGAUCCAGAGAUAAUUAAAGAGAAGUUUGGCACCGGGGGUUUUGCUCCAUUUGGCUUCAGUGGAGUCCUGUCUGGGGCAGCAACCUGCUUCUAUGCCUUUGUGGGGUUCGACUGCAUCGCAACAACAAGUGAAGAGGCCAAGAACCCUAUGCGUUCCAUCCCCAUCGGUAUCGUGGCUUCUCUGCUCAUCUGUUUCUUUGCCUACUUCGGGGUGUCUGCGGCUCUCACCCUUAUGAUGCCCUACUACCUGCUGAACAGAGAGAGCCCACUGCCAGAGGCCUUCAGUUAUGUGCACUGGGACCCUGCCCGCUACAUCGUGGCUGUGGGCUCCCUCUGUGCCCUCUCCACCAGUUUACUGGGCUCAAUGUUCCCCAUGCCCCGCGUAAUCUAUGCCAUGGCUGAGGACGGCCUGCUCUUCCGCUUCCUCUCAAAGAUGAACAUAAAAACCAAGACCCCCCUGUUAGCCACCAUCGUGUCGGGUAUUGUAGCAGCCCUGAUGGCAUUCCUGUUUGAUCUGGCAGCCCUGGUAGACCUGAUGUCGAUAGGAACUCUCCUGGCAUACACACUAGUGGCAGUGUGUGUGCUUAUCCUCAGGUACCAGCCGGGUACCCUGGGCCUCAGCGGUGCCAGUGAGAAGCUGGUGGAGCUGGUGGGUCUGCGGAGGGCAACCAUGGCGGAGGGGGACAGUGGAGACGAGUUUGACCAGGAGGGUGAGGGGGAGACCAGGCCCCUCAGGGAGAGGUUCACCCUCAAGAUGCUGCUGGUGCCCAGCUGUGAGGUCCCCACCAAGACCUCCGGACUUAUCGUGUACAUCACUACCGCUGUCAUCUCUGUGGUAUUCACCCUGCUGUGCGUAGUGCUGGCUGUGUGGGGGGCAGAGGUGGUGAGUGGCCACCCCCUGUGGGUCACCAUAUGUGCCAUACUGGCCUUCUUCGCCUUCCUGUGUGUGGCCAUCAUCUGGAGACAGCCCCCGAGCAGACAGGCACUCACCUUUAAAGUACCCCUGCUCCCAGUGCUGCCAUUGGUCAGUAUCUUUGUCAACAUUUACCUCAUGAUGCAGCUGGAUGGGCCAACAUGGUGUCGCUUUGCAGUGUGGAUGACUAUUGGUUUUCUCAUCUACUUUGGUUAUGGGAUUAAGAACAGCUCAGAGGCCUCACCCAACCGUGGUAAAUUUGAGACAGUCCUCCGAUCAAAGAGUCCCAUCUACCUGGCAGAGGAUGACAGUGAGGUGGAAGGGAUGACACCUUAGAGGAGAAUAGUGGUGGAGUAGAUGGUGUACGCCCCAACAACAUAACACGCAAGACGAACAGGUGCACGGUCUCAUCGCGUUAAUUUUCAACUGUCGGGGCAUUGUGCUACAACCGACUGUCUUCUCCUUUGUUGAUAUUUGGUCAUUCCUAUAAUGUAGAGAGACCCUCACAUGCUAAAUGGAUUUUGGAUGUACAGUAUCAGUCAAAAGUUUGGACAUCUACUCAUUCAAGGGUUUUAUUUGUAUUAUUUUCUACAUAGUAGAAUAAUAGUGAAUACAUCACACCUAUGGAAAGCACACAUGGAAUCAUGUAGUAAGCAAAAAAGUGUUAAGUCUAAAUAUAUUUUAUAUUUGAGAUUCAUCAAAGUCACCACCCUUUGCAUUGAUGACAGCUUUGCACACCUAUGGCAUUCUCUCAACUAGCUUCAUGAGGUAUUCACCUGGAAUGCAUUUCAAUUAAGUGUGCCUUGUUAAAAGUUCAUUUGUGGAAUUUCUUUCCUUCUUAAUGUGUUUAAGCCAAUCACUUGUGUUAUGACAAGGUAGGGGUGGUAUAUAGAAUAUAGCCCUAUUUAGUUAAAGACCAAGUCCAUAUUAUGUCAAGAACAGCUAAAAGAAGCAAAAUGAAACGACGGUCCAUCAUUACUUUAAGACAUGAAGGUCAGUCAAUCCGGAAAUUGUCAAGUACUUUGAAAGUUUCUUCAACUGCAGUCGCAAAAACAUCAAGCGCAAUGAUGAAACUGGCUCUCAUGAGGAUCGCAACAGGAAAGGAAGACCCAGAGUUACCUCCGGUGCAGAGGAUAAGUUCAUUAGAGUUACCAGCCUCAGAAACUGCAGCCCAAAUAAAUGCUUAAGCGUUCAGGUAACAGACACAUCUCAACAUGAACUGUUCAGAGGAGACAGCAUGAAUCAUACCUUCAUGGUUGAAUUACUGCAAUAACAAAAAACACUACUGAAGGACACCUAUAAUAAGAAGAGACUUGCUUGGGCUAAGAAAAAUGAGUUGUAGACAUUAGACCGGUGGAAAUCUGUCCUUUGGUCUGAUGAAUCAAAAUUUGAGAUUUUUGAUUCCAACCCACGUGUCUUUGUGAGAUGCAGAGUAGGUGAGCGGGUGUGGUUCCCACCGUGAAGCGUGGGGGUGCUUUGCUGGUGCACUGUCAGUGAUUUAUUUAGAAUUCAUGGCACACUUAACCAGCAUGGCUACCACAGCAUUCUGCAGCGAUACGCCAUCUCAUCUGGUUUGCGCUUAGUCCCACUAUCAUUUGUUUUUCAACAGGACAAUGACCCAAAACACACCUCCAGGCUGUGUAAGGGCUAUUUGACCAAGAAGGAGAGUGAUGGAGUGCUGCAUCAGAUGACCUGGCCUCCACAAUCACCCAACCUAACCCAAUUGAGAUGGUUUGGGAUGAGUUAGACUGCAGUUGAAGGAAAAGCAACCAAUCAAGGGCUCAGCAUAUGUGUGAACUCCUUCAUGACUGUUGGAAAAGCAUUCCAGGUGAAGCUGGUUGAGAGUGUGCAAAGCUGUCCUCAAGGCAAAGGCUGGCUACUUUGAAAAAUCUCAAAUCAAAAUAUAUUUGAUAUAUUUAACACUUUUCUUUGGCUACAUGAUUCCAUGUCUUAUUUCAUAGUUUUGAUACCUUCACUAUUAUUCUACAAAGUAAAAAAUAAAGAACCUUGAAUGAGUAGGUGUGUAUUAACUUUUGACUGGUACUGUAUGUGCACUGAGAUAUACACUGAUUGUACAAAACAUUAAGAACACCUGUGAUUUCCAUGACAGUCUGACUUGGUGAAAGCUACAGUCCCUUAUUGAUGUCACUCCAAUCAGUGUAGAUGAAGGGGAGGAUACAGGUUAAAGAAGGAUUCUUAAGCAUUGAGACAUUGUCUAUGUGUGCCAUUCAGAGGGUGAAUGGACAAGAUUUAUGUGCCUUUUGAACAGGUUAUGGUAGUAGGUAAGAGGCACACUGCUGGGUUUUUCAUGCUCAACAGGUUUCUAUGUGUAACAAAAAUGAUCCACCACCCAAAGAACACUUAGCCUACUUGAAACAACUGUGGGAAGCAUUAGUGUCAACAUGGGCCAGCAUCCAUGUGGAACUCUUUCGACACCUUGUAGAGUCCAUGCCCUGACGGCAAAAGGGAGGGGAGCGUGCAACUUAAUAUUAGGAAGGUGUUCUUAACGUUUUGUACGCUCAGUGUAUACUCGAUCAACAUGAACUUGCCAAAUUUCUGCAUAUCUAACCAUUUGAAAGCUUUUUUUGUAUUAAAUAUGUCAUUUAGGUGGUACAAAUGGCAUGCCACAGAGUUCCUCCAUGUUUAAUGUGUUAUUCUCGUGCCUGGUUGUUUCUGCCUGAAUUCAGCCAUUUUCCCCAAAAUGGUGUCUGAUAUCCACUGUCUUUGCCCUGUGAGUUACUGCUGAGUACAGUAAGCACACCAACAGGGUAUGUCGUGUGUCCUCCUGUCCAUAUAGGUAAAUUACUAUGGUAUUAUUUGUGUUCUUUGGGGACAGGCAAUACCAAGGAGAGGGUCAAACCACCCCAGAACUCACUGUCUGCACUUUAGAGAGAUGCUUGACAAUGAAAUUAAAUUUUGUAAAACUUGGUCCUUACCCAAAAGAUGGUAAUAUUUUUAAUUUUUUAAGAAUUUAUCAUUUUAGAAUAGAGAAUAUUUUUUUAAACAAUCAUUAAUUUGAAUUUUGUUUUCAUAUUUAUACAUAGAUAUGUAUGCUAUAUUUGUUAAUUAUUGGAAGAGCUGCCCAAAUAAUUAUUCAAUUUAAAAUUAUGCUCUUAACUGUAGAGAGAAAUAACUUAUUUUUGUACCAUGAUGAUCGACAAACUCUACCAAAUAGAGAGAUGUCUAUAGGAAGGUACACUGAAGAAAAAUGCUGAUAUUCCUUGGAGCCCAAAACUGGCACUACUGAAAGGUAGAGAAAGGAUUACAAUACAUUAGCCUAGUAUGAAAGGGCUUACAGGUUUCAUUCCUGUUUUAAGGUCUUAAUCUCGUGGUACAUGUUACUUACAUGAUUGAUUCCAUGUAUAAUUUUGUACAUAACUGUUUUGUAUAUAAUUGUGUCAUUGAUAGAUGGGCCUGGGUUUUAAUCUCUUAACUCUGAGUGUCUAACUGAAUGUAUUAAUAACAUGAACUGAAAACCCCACCAGCCUCAGUCCAAUUUUGUUUCUAGACACUUUGCUGUGGUGUUCAAAUCAACUUGUGUUUUUUCUGUUUUAACUAUGUGCCUCAAUUUAUUUGCUCACUUCAAGGGUAUGUAUGUAACUGUUAUUUGUAUUCUAUGCCUAUUUACGAGAUGUGGAAAUGGUCACAUCACAGAUAAUCAAUUCAAAUUGGUAUCCCUUCAUAUUAUUGCGAUUUAAAUGACCAUUUUAAGAUCAAGACUGGCCAGUCUUAUGUAAAAAUGGCCUAGAAAACACUACAAAUAGCUGUGAGUAAAAGUCUACAAUAUGGUAUUUUUGUAUUUUAUUUUUAUGCUUCCAGGGGGCUCAAAGCUUGUUACAGAAUCAUGUUGCAAAGAAAAGUCUUGCACAUUACGUCAGUGUCUCAUACAAGGUUUUGUGGAGUGAGUUACAAUACUAGGAUGUUUACAAACUACCUUGGUCAUCAGAACAGUAUUUGAGAAAAUAUAAAUUGUGUUGUACUAACUAUUUCAUGUCCAUUUGUACUCUUACUGAUUUUAAAGCAUAGUAGAACAGUACAUGUACUAUCUGUAAAUGUGUCAAGAGAAAUUACUGUAUAUAAUCAAUGUGUUUUUUUUUUAAGUAAAUUUGAAUCCUCAAAUGAAAA